GGCCGCGCAAGACGUGAAAAGAACCCCACAGGAGCCUUCGCCGCCGUCCGCGCCGAACUGCGGCUGCGCGCCGCCAGAGGAGGGGCGUGGCCAACUCCGCGGCGGGGACGUGAGUCCAGAGCCAGCGAGAGGACGCUGGAGGGCGCGCUAGAGCGGCGCGGCAUGGCCGGGCCUGGGGCGGGCGAGCAGGCCAUGGAGGACGAGCGAAGCUUCUCAGAUAUCUGCGGCGGCCGCCUGGCCUUGCACCGCCGAUACUACUCCCCCUACUGCCUAGAGUUCUGCCUCAGCUGCCCUCGGAUCUCUUUGCGCUCGCUCACCGCUGUCACCUGCACCGUGUGGCUGGCCGCCUACGGACUCUUCACACUCUGUGAGAACAGCAUGAUCCUCUCUGCUGCCAUCUUCAUCACUCUCUUAGGCCUGCUUGGUUACCUCCAUUUUGUAAAGAUUGAUCAUGAGACUCUGUUAAUCAUUGAUUCCCUGGGCAUCCAGAUGACCUCAUCCUAUGCCUCAGGCAAAGAAAGCACCACCUUCAUUGAGAUGGGCAAGGUGAAGGAUGUCAUCAUUAAUGAGGCUAUUUACAUGAAGGUGAUUUACUACCUCUGCAUUUUACUGAAGGAUCCAGUGGAACCACAUGGGAUAUCCCAAGUAGUACCCAUCUUCCAGGCGGAUAUCAUGAAAUUUAGACAGAUUAAAAACUGUCUUUUGAGCUCCUGCUUCCCACACUUCACAGGCUGGGCUGUGGGCCUCGUUAGGGAUCACUCCCAGCAAAGUCCUGUGAGGCCUGAACUUGCACCUCUCCAAGCCCACACCUGUGCCGUUCAGCUCCCCCGGGUUGUGGGUGAGAGAGCAAGGUUGCACAUGGACGCAGCACCGCUGAUCCGUCUCUUACAUUCACCUUGACUCUGCAUCUCUCCCCUCUGGAAUUCAGAGUGCCAAGCCCCGGCUGGACUGCUUGAUCGAAGUGUACAGGAGCUGCCAGGAGAUCCUGGCACACCAGAAAGCCACAUCAGCUAGCCCAUGAGUCCCAGCGUUCAGAAAGCCAGUAUUGUCUACCAGAGAUUGUCUACCAGAGACUCCUAAGCCACAGUGGCUGGCUUAUUUUCUGUAUUUUAAACCUUCAAGUGGACAUAGUCUGAGAAACCAGUAUGGAUGUGGUGGAUCUCGGAGCCCUAGAGAAGGUGACUGAAAACCUAACUUAUUGUGUGAUAUUGAGCAAAGUAUUAAUGUAUAUUUUAGUGUUCCUCUUGUACAGUCUUAUUUAUUUUACCAAUUGAGGGGAGACCUUGAAACUAUGUUAGGAGUAAUGUUGACUAAGCACACUUUGUGAGCACACUUGGGCUUACUUUUGUUGGAAUUUAUAGAAAAUGGGAAACGGACAUCAGCUCUUUUGAUAAAGAUAACUUUUACAACUGUGCAGUGUCCCUGUAUAAAAGUUAAGAAAGAAAAAAAGCAAGCCCUUCGGGGACUGGUUAGUAGGAAGCAAUGUCCUAGAAAAGACUAGUCUCUCUCCACCUAGCUCCUGUGUUCUGUACAGGGUUACUUUAUGAUGAUUCUCUUAAUAAACAGAUAUUCUUCCAAAACAUACACCACUGCUUGGUUCAGACAGCUGCUUUUUAUUGACAAACAUGAUCAUGGCAUUUCAGUCAAGGGUGUCAAGUACAUUAAUACUCUUGUUACUCAGCACUGUCUAUGACUCCAGAAACUUCUUUUGCCAAGAGGGAUGAAACAAAAAGCCAGACAGAAAUUUGACUUUGGUUCCCAGACAUGUUGAAGAAGGAUAAACAUACAUACUAUAGAAGCCUUUGUUUAUAAGGGUGUUUCUUUUGUAUAAAAUCAACAAACUAGGGAGGAUUCCUGAAGGGCUGGGAAGAAGCCAGGGCAGGGAAAGCAGCUUGACCCUCUAAACUCAGUAGAAACACAGCUCCGUUCCUGCUUACUUUUUCUUUGGGAUUUUUUAUUUUAACUCCUGACAUCAGCUCUUUUGAAAAAAAUAAUUGUUCCAACUGUGCAGAGUCCCUGUAUAAAAGUUAAGAAA